AAAAGUAUUAGGCCUCGUCCCCUAAACAAGUCCAAUUUUCUGGGAGAAGAGAGACCAAACCCUUAUCGUCACUGCUCAUUUGACUGCUAAACCCUAAUCCUCCGACGGCGGCGGCAAUGAAGGAUAAGAAAUUGAUAGCCCUAGGGUUCGAGGGUUCCGCCAACAAAAUUGGCGUCGGCGUAGUAGCAAUCGACGGCACAAUUCUUUCUAAUCCACGACACACCUACAUAACGCCACCAGGCCAAGGUUUUCUCCCCCGUGAAACCGCCCAGCAUCACCACCAACACAUCUUACCGUUAGUAAAAUCCGCUCUAGAAACCGCCGGAGUAACUCCCGAUGAAAUUGACUGUAUCUGCUACACAAAAGGCCCUGGGAUGGGUGCUCCACUGCAGGUUUCGGCAGUGGUUGUACGUGUUCUAUCUCAGCUAUGGAAGAAACCUAUUGUUGGGGUGAACCACUGUGUUGCGCACAUUGAAAUGGGUCGAAUCGUAACCGGGGCGGUUGAUCCGGUUGUGCUAUACGUGAGUGGUGGAAAUACUCAGGUUAUUGCGUAUAGUGAAGGACGGUAUAGGAUUUUUGGGGAGACGAUUGAUAUUGCAGUGGGUAAUUGUUUGGAUAGGUUUGCUAGGGUUCUUACAUUGUCUAAUGAUCCUAGCCCUGGGUACAACAUUGAACAGCUUGCGAAAAAAGGUGAGAAGUUCAUUGAACUUCCAUAUGUUGUGAAGGGAAUGGACAUUUCCUUCAGUGGAAUACUGAGCUUCAUUGAAGCCACAGCUGAGGAGAAGCUGAAAAAUAACGAGUGCAGUCCGGCUGACCUUUGUUUCUCUUUACAGGAAACUCUGUUUGCAAUGCUUGUAGAGAUUACAGAACGAGCCAUGGCGCAUUGCGAUAAGAAAGACGUGUUGAUUGUUGGUGGUGUAGGAUGUAAUGAGCGCUUGCAAAAGAUGAUGCAAAUUAUGUGCUCUGAGAGGGGCGGAAAGUUGUUUGCAACUGACGAUAGAUACUGCGUUGACAAUGGAGCAAUGAUUGCUUAUACCGGUCUCCUAGAGUAUGCGAAUGGUGCAUCAACUCCAAUGGAGGAAUCAACGUUUACUCAACGGUUUAGAACUGAUGAGGUCCUCGCAACUUGGAGGGAGAAGGAAACAGCAAUAGCAUGAAUAAUCCCAGGGUGUUUUGUUAACACUGAUGUAUUGUACUAUAUUUAUCUGCCCAUAGUUGCUUAUAUUGAGUCGAUUGUAAGGCGUAGGCGCACAUGAACAGUUUCGUGUACUAAUUAUGCAUUUCGAGAAGAUUAUUGUUACAUGAUUGGGAGAUGUGGUUGAACAGUACAUGGGGUUGUCUCGUUUCCAAGCGUUUAAGCUUGGUGAUAGGUUGGUGCAUUGCACUUGUUUUUCUGUUCAGUAGCAUUUUUCCUGUAGUUGUCUGUCUUGUGAUUUUUCUCACUUGUAAUUUACUGUGCUUUUGAAUGCUAUAUUAUGGGUUCCCUUUUAUUUGCCA